UUCAGUUCAUGCUAUGCUUUCAUGCGAGCGUAUCGUAGGAUCUCAGGACGAAGAACGAUAAAGGAAUAGAUAUUUCUGAAGUCUUUAGAUAACAUAUAUAUAUUUUACUUUAACUCAACCGUAUCACGAAUAGAGAUCAUAGGCGUGGUGGACGUUGUGUCUAGUGUCCAACUGUCUAGGUGUGCUCACUGCCCAGUAAUGUCAGUUUAACUCGAGUCAGCUAUGCCGUCUGGCUGUGGCUAAUCGUGAGAGAAGCAAAUAGACGCGAUUAGCCACAUCUAUACGCUUGAUAAUUCGCCAAUAAUACGACGGGAUCGUUCGCCACUACCAUUGUUUUUCUUUACGAGGACCGUCGUUUAAACAUCAUCAUGUCGCAAAGCGCGAAUUCGAGGAUUGAUUCGUACAUGAAUAAAUGUCGCGCGUGUAUGAAGGAGGGUGUCAAGAUGCUGCUCAUGUACGAUGAUAACGUUAGCGAGAUCAACUUGCCGUACAAACUCGCGCAGAUCACGUCUAUCAAGAUUGAUCAAUUUGAUGGAUUGCCUAACAUGCUCUGUCCAAAGUGUGCAUAUCGAACGAAUGCUUUAUAUGACUUCAGACUAGAAGUGCAAGAAUCAGAUAAGAAAUUCAGAAUGAUGCAAGAAUCAGACAAGAAAUUCAGAAUGAUGCAAGAAACUAAAAUUAACACUCUCAAGAGAGAACAAUUAAAUGCUAAGGAAGAAAAAAGUGAUGUACAAAAAGAUCUAUCUUUGGAAUUAAAUAUAUCAAGUGAUAUAAAGUCAGAUCCUACUGAUACUUUUGAGUUUGUAAACGUUAAAACAACAGAUGAAAUAGACCAACAACAAUAUGAAAUUGUACCUCAGUUAGUUGAAAAUAAUGAAGAUGAUAAAGAGAAUGAUGAAUCACAGUUGAAUGAUGUUUAUUAUAAUAUUAUUGAAAGUAACGAGGAUCAAAUGGAUGUUCAGAUGAUGAAAACUGAAUUACCUGAAGACAUUUCAAAAAUAUUAACAGAAAAUGUCACAAUAAUGUAUGUACCAAAAUCUACGAUUGAGUCGAUGUCAGUCGAGAACACGUUAACGCUUGAUCCGGAGCAAGAAGAAAUCAUAAAUGACAAUAAUACAUUUAUCUCUGAAGUGGAAAUCUUGACUGAAGAAACUGAAGAAGCCUCAAACAAUGUAUGCAUUUCCAGUCCCGUGGAACCUAAUGCAAUUAAAAAGAAUAAAUGUACCUAUUCGAAACAACAAAAUGUAACAUCAGUAAUAAAGGUUGAGAAACAAGAAAAAUAUUAUAAUGACAUGAUACAAAACGGAGAUAAAGAAGAAACAAAACUCAAUGAGAGUAGUUCUAAUAUUGAAUUCAAAGUAGAAAACAGCGAUGAAUCUGAUUCUGACUACUUUGUUGAUGAUAAAGACAAUAUAUUAGGCAGUGUGAGCGAUGCAAUUAUACGGAUAAAGGAAUUCAAACGAGAAAAUGGGACCGAAUAUCAAUGCACGUUAUGUUUACAGAAUCAUAAUCAACUAACUAGUGUACUAUUGCAUACUGUUGAGAAUCAUGUCCCUUCCAACGGUCCGUUCUUUUGCAUGGUGUGUGAAAAGGACUGCAAAAAUCGUCGAGAGCUGCGAACACAUGUGAAAACGCAUACUGGCGAGUUACCAUAUUCCUGCUUCCUUUGUAAAAAGGCAUAUAACAGAAAGAGAUAUCUGAAGAGGCACAUGGCAUGUCAUCCCAACUUUUCACGGCACCGCUGCCUGAAGUGUGGUUGCCGCUUUAAAUCAAAAUCAGAAUUAGACAGCCAUGCGACAACACAUGAUAUCGUUGCACCCUUUGCUUGCAAUCAAUGUACGCGUGUAUUUAAUCACAAAGGCAAUUACAAACGGCAUUUGAUCAGCCAUUUGGAUCCGCAGGGUCUUCAUUUGCCUAAAUAUCCGUGCACUUAUUGCAACAAACGUUUUCCUAACAAUCGUACACUCCAAACGCAUAUACGCGUACAUACUGGUGAAAAACCGUUCAAAUGUGACGUUUGUCAUAAGUCAUUCUCACAACGAGGCAACUUAUUGAACCACUCAAAGAUACAUUGGAAUCCUCGCAGCUACACAUGCGAAGUCUGUGGCAAAAGCUUCAAUCAACGUGCUACAUUACGAGAUCAUGCAUUAUUGCACACUGGUGAGAAGCCUCACAUAUGUAAUGUGUGUGGAAAAGCAUUUACGGUUAGUGCGGCGUUGAGGAGGCAUAUGUUCAAUCAUGUUGAUGUCAGGCCGUUCAAUUGUGAUAAUUGUGGCAUGGGAUUCAUCGGUAAAUACGAUUUACGACGACAUAUGCGAGUGCAUGAGAACCGACCUAAGGAAAAGCGUAAAAAAAACACCAAAACAACCAAUUUCCUUCAGCAAAAAUCAGAGGAAAGUCAUGUUGCGUUGGAAGAAUCGAAAACUGAGACUGUGCUCAUAGAAAUAGAAGAAGAGCUUUUAUCACAAAACAUUAUACAGACCAUACCGCAAAUCGAAUCUGAAAAGGAAAAUGAGGAUGCACUAUUUAAUCUUCAAUCUUAUUCAGUUAUAUAUACAACUGAGGAUAGAUCAUAGAUGUGUAAUAUCAAAGGCAUAGAGAAUGGAUUGCGCGAUCCGUGUGUCAAAAUGGUCGAUAAAAGUAAGAGAGGGACCGUGGAAGACGGCCAUCUCUUUCUAUUCAACGAUGUAAUGAGAGAGAAUGAGAGGGAGAUGAUUGGUCAUAUACCACGGUCCCUCUCUCUCAUUAUUGUCGACCACAUUUGAAUACUAUUUAGAUACGAAUCGCGCAGUCCAUUCUCUAUGUCUUUGUGUAAUACAUACUAACUAUCUUAUUACAAACAUAUUUUUGUUUUAGUCUUAUAUUCACGUAUACAGUGUUGCAAUUGUUUUUUUUCUCUCUUCAACUCGCUCCGAUUAGGUAUAAGUUUAUA